GAUUUCUCCAACAUGUUUUUCGCAGAAAAAUUUCUCUCCUCGUGCGGCGUGAUAGCAAAUUUGUUCGUUGUGGUUGUCGUGGUUGUAGCAACGACCGAUAAAACGUCUCUGACUGGCAAUGUGCAAUGGACAGCGGGUAGUUUCCAGUGGCCGUGUCCUACCACGAAGAACAUGUUCAAAAGUAGCGGGCGAUACGUCUCUAAAAACGUAAUAGCCACGAGAGCUGUGAUUUAUAACGAUGACGCCAUUGUAGCUUUACCUAGGUAUAAGCAAGGAGUACCAGCAACUUUGGCGAAAAUUCAGAAGGACGAAGAAAAUUGCGAGGCUACUCUGGUACCUUAUCCUUGCUGGUCCCUUCAAGAAGAAGGUACAUGCACCGCCUUACAAAAUGUCGUGGAUCUGUAUUUGGAUCCGCAGAAUAUUCUCUGGGUCCUGGAUACAGGAGUGGUGAACACCUUGGACCAACCUGUGCGCAACUGUCCACCAAAGGUUCUCGCUAUUAACAUUGGCACUGGAAAGUUGGUAAAAACAGUGGAGCUGACCGGUUUAACUACGUCUACGUCCCGCCUACAAUACCUGGUAGCCGACUACAGCCCAGACGGUAGAGUGUUCGUCUAUGUAUCGGACGCAGCGUCGAGAGCAAUCUUGGUGUACGACGUCACUUCGGGUCGUGGAUACCGAGUCGUUUUACCUCAAGCUGUUACCAUAGGCUGCACUCGAAGAGACGUUUUGUAUCUCGCCCUUCUCAGACGUUCGGACGGUAGCACCUGUUUGGUGUUCACCUAUCUAAGCGGCAGUCGGAUGUUCUCUGUACGAACCGAACAUCUUCGUAAUGGUUCCGCUAAUGGAAGAAUCCAUGAUCUUGGACUAAAGCCGAAAAAAAUGAUUUUCUUGGGCACGGACAACGGAAGCGCCCUCUUCUUCCGGUACGAGGGCGAAUCGGAUAUCUAUAGAUGGGACGCGACUGCUCGAUUCAACGAACAGUGUUUCCAACUGGUUUAUAGCAGUGCCGAGUGUUUCUUAGCUACUCACGUGGUCGCUGAUUAUAAAAGAGGAAGGAUGCGAGUGCUGGAGUCGAAUUUCCCCGAUUAUAUGCAAAACACUGUCGGAUGCGGUUCUAAUCAAGCUCUCAAUCUCAUCACUUCGCUGGCCAAUCGGACAUGUGCAUCGAUCGUUGGGGGCGUCAACCGAUCGUCAGCUUUCUAGGCAAGAACAGAUGUUGCAAAAGAUUUUUCAUAAUACAAUAAUACAAUAAUAAAAUAAUAACAGGAUCAGAAAUGGUGUUUCUGCUUACUUGACUGCGCGAAAUAUGUGCUAGGUAUUUCUGAAUCGAUUAUUAAGCCGUGGUAGGAAGUAUUCUGAAAGUGGUAUAUGAUUAUCGAAGGAAAAUGAAGUAGCAGUGAACUUUUAAACGUACGUUUGAUCACGGUUGUUUCGCGCUCGCGAAAGCAGCAAUGAUUUUUUAAUUGUCACGAUUAUCUAACAAUGUCCAAAAACGUAGCUGGUAUCCAUAGCAAUGGGCGCGGUCUACAUAUAGUUCCGGGGACUUUCGAUCGGGGCUUACGUAUCAAGGACUUCCACAUAACAUUUACCAACAGUUCGGUUCGUACAACUGCCAUUUUCUUUCGCAUACCGGUUACGUAUCGUUUGUUCUUAACAUUAUUCUCAUCGAUAAUCACGUAUUCGUGACACGAUUGCACGACUUUUCUUUAUUCUCAUUAGCCAUAUAUUGAUAUUAGAUUUUGCGAAGUAGUCGUUUCAUGCACGGAUUGUCAGUUUAAAAACUGUAAGAAUCUUGCGGCAAAACUUGUGACCUUCGAUCCAUUAGAAUGUUUCCACUUAAGUCGCUUAAUAUCAGCUGCGUUAGAAAAUUUCGAUAUAAAUAAUUUUGAACGGAACAGUGCCGUAGCGAAGAAUGAAGCAUUUUAGGCUUACGCAAGUCGAUAUAUCAUGAGAAUUACCGUGUCUAUGGGAGUCGCUGCCACUCCCACGGAAGAACGGAAGUAACGAAAUCUCGUUAUUAUACACAGCUGUUUGUCGCUUGACAAAUAAAAAAUUCACUUUUUGACACGCGAUUCUAAUUAAAGGCAUCGCGUUUCUUUUUUCUCCGUCGAUUUGAAAUUCAAGGUUUUCCAGUGAAAAUUCUGAUUCCGAGACAUCUUUGUUAUACAACUUUUCUGAUUAUCCAAGGCUCUGUAACGACCUAUCGGAAGUAUAUCUCCCCGAGACUAGGCUAGAAAAAUGACAAUAAA